UGAUCUUUCCGUAUACCCCGUGAUCUCCAAAACAACAUAACAAAGUGGGGGAAAACAUGGCGAGCGGAGAGGAGGCCAGAAGACGCCCCUCGGUUACCUCCUCUUCGGUCGGCCUGGAGUCUCUGUUCCCUGCCGGAACAUCGGAGCAGGCCUGCGGGGACGGAAACCCGGAGCUCGUCCGCCUGCGGGAGCGUCUUCAGGGCUGGCUAUCGCAGUAUGAGUCCCUGCUGCUAUGGGUGCAGAGGCUGCUGGUCUGGGAGAGGCCGUUGUACAGCAUCUCUGUCGCCCUGACACUGAACACGUUAUUCUGGCUCCUGUCCUCCACCUCCCUGCGGCCUCUGUUCCUGCUGAGUGUGUCCCUGCUGGGGCUUAUGCUACUGGAGAGAUGGAAGCCCAAGUUGCCCAUUAUUACUGUUCAACAUGCAGAGGCUCACCCUGUACAAAGUGAAACAAUGAGUGUGGAGCAGCGUCUGCUCAGUGUUCCUGAGCUCAGCCACCACCUGGCUGAGAGCUACCUGACCUGCUGUCUGUACCUGCAGGAGAUGCUGCAGUACAAACGACAGAACCAUGGCAAGUUCUGUGUGAUGAUGUGCAGUGGCUGCUCUGUGCUUGCUGUGGUUGGACAUUAUGUACCAGGAAUCAUGAUCUCCUAUAUUAUAGUCCUGAGCGUACUGUUGUGGCCGCUGGUGGUGUACCAUGAACUGAUUCAGAGGAUGUACACUGGCUUGGAGCCAGUCCUGAUGAAACUGGACUACAGCAUGAAGGGAGAUACCGAGCACCGCAAACACGACAAGAGGAAGGUGAAGAAAGAACUGGAGGAGGGGGAUGAGCCAAGAGCCGAAACAGAAAGCGAAAGCGAGGAGGAGCUGUCUUGUUUUGCCCCAACGGUGGAUGUGAAGACUACAGCUCUGGCGAUGGCCAUCACAGACUCAGAGUUGUCAGAUGAGGAGGCAUCCAUCCUGGAGAGUGGAGGGUUUUCAGUGUCCAGAGCCACCACUCCUCAGCUCACUGACGUCUCUGAAGACCUGGACCAGCAGAGUUUACACAGCGACCCAGAGGAGUCCUACCUUCGGGAUCUCCCUGAGUUCCCCUCAGUCGAGGAGUUUCCGUCCAUUGAGCACAACCUGCUCCACUUUCCUCUGCGAGGUCCCAGCCAGGUUGACGGAGCCCAGGCUGGUGCUCAAUCAGAGGGAGAACCACUGAGCCCCGCCAGCCUCCUCAUCCAGCACUUAGCGUCCCCGCUCCACUUUGUGAACACACACUUCAACGGACAUGGACGACCACCAGGGGGUGAGGAGGGCAUGUUGCCUGUGCCAGGUACAGGGGAAGAAGCAGGGAGGCAGGGGGCAGAGGAGAAGGAAACCGCGGUGGCCCAGGGUGCACAGCGGUCCUUGGAGGCCUUGAGCGAGGAGAUAGUGAGCACGGCCAUCUCCACUGUGGUACAGAACACUCUGUCAGCCCUGCUGCGCUCCAGUGAGGCCAGCGAGGAGCCCUCUCUGGCUGAGUUCCUUCCCACUGAAACCCCACCGAGCGUUCUGGAGACCUCCACCCAACCCACCGACACCACUGCUAACACUACAGUUACUACGAUAGGGGCACUGGAGCCUGAUGAGGAACUGGAUGAGGCGAUUACGUCAGGAAGCGGCGCCGGCGAGGAGAUGCCUGACGACACACUAGUUCCGACUGAGGAAGAGGACUUUGAGCUUCUGGACCAAAGUGAACUGGAGCAGGUGGAUGAGGAGCUGGACCUCAGCUCUGACAGACAGGCGGCAGGAGGAGCUCCAGACACACCUCCAUCUCCUCAGCAUCAACCACAGUUAUAGCUUCCCUGUUGCCCCCACCUCCAACUGUUUUAUUUUUAUUUUUAUGUUAGAACUACAUUAUAUCCAUACAUAUUGCUAUAUACAAAACAUUUAUCAAAGAGUGUGACAUUUAAUACUGUUGGUUGUUGAUUGUGUGGCGGAUGGUUGAGUUUACGCGGCCUGUUCUGUUUUCAUAGCGUCACAUUACAGAGGUCUUUUCAGUUCGGUACCUGAGUUGUUUCUAGUCCAGGACCAUCACAUUAUCGGGAUCAUCAGCUACUAUCAGGUGGCAGUCAUGACAUAGGUCUGAUCUGUGCACUUAAAUACAAAACUAGGACAGAAAUCAUCAAUAAUGCUUUUACAGUUUGAUGUGGUGUUUCACUGCCUGCUGACCUGCUGGUAUAAGUGAGAGCAGGUUCAGGGCAGAGCCGGGUUAAUACUUACAGAGACAUCGUUAUUGUCAGGUGCUGCAUUGCAUUUUAUGCCUGGGCUCGGAGUUUUGAUGGUUGAGCUUGCACUGAAAUUUGCUUGAUAAUUUCGCAAGCAAAUUUCUCACCGCAUGUUGAAAAACCUGUUCAGGUUCAGUCUCAUGUCACAAUAAUGACGCCUUUAUUUUCUACCCUAAGAGCUGAACUCUUCCACCUUUUUUUCAUUCAGAAGCAGAUCUUUAUCUAGAUGGUAUCAUGGAGAGUUGAAGCGUUGGAUUAUAUAACUAUUAAUAUAUGCUAUAAAUUAUUUAAUUUAAUGGUCAGUUGAUGAAACUUUAUUUUUGAGCUGACAGGGAAUUUGACAGUAAAUUUUAUCCCUUUCAGUCGCCCGUGAUGAUUGUAUGAUAAGCUUUUCAGUGGUGUCGCCAUCGACGUCCAGGUUUAUAAAGUAGUUGCAUAUUCCCAGAGUUAGACUUUAAACAAUAAUAUUAUCCUCCACUUUAUCCGUACCUCCAAGCUUACAGUCAGACAGAAGCAUUCAGUCAGUAGUGGUCUUUCACUUGUUGCCUGGAAAUGGAAACUUAACCUUUGACAUUGUUGGAUGUUGACAGGUAGUAGAUCUUUACCCAAACACAUAAGUGACUUUGAUGUGGCAAGAUAAAAGACAUGUUCCUGAAUUUCCUCUUUGUGACUUAUGCCUCGUUUUUAUUUAUAUGUGUGAAUAGAAUUUAAUUUCAUACAUCCAUAUGUAAUUGAAUUUAUUCUUGAUCUACAACUUUAUUGACAAACACAGGCUUCCUGUUAGAUAGGCCCGUCUAUACCCAACUGUUUGUACAUGUAUAGUCAUCACUGGGAUAUGUAUAUUUACAAGAUAACCUCCUUCGUGCCACGACAAGUCCAUGCAUGCCAUGAAUCACGCAUGUACAAACCAUAAUCCAAUUUACAGAACAAUGUUUCUUUUACUGGAGCAGAUAUUUUUGUUUUUGAAGGGACGUGAUACUUAAAUUAUUCAGUUUGCAUUUCGCCGUUGCUGUGGAAAAUUGUUGACAGGACAAAACAAAAUUAGCUCCAUGACCGACUGUAUGAAGAGGCCCGGUAUUUACUUUUAUAAACCACUCAGCAUCCAAAUCUCAGGGGUGGGUUGUACAAAUUGAAUAUAAGAGACUAUGUGUCCAUUUCCCGACUUGUCGUAGUGCAUUGUAUUUGUACUAACCUUUCCUUUUUUCAGUCAAUGCCUCCUUGUGUAUAGUGUAGAAAUGCUAAAAAGGAACGUGUAUAUUCUGCAUGUAAAAACAGCACUCUGUUCAAGUUCUCCUUGUCAACUGACAAAGUACUGCACAAUUUGUGAGAAAAAAAAAAGUCAAUUUGAAUGUUUUAGGUUAAAAGAGCCCAUUGAAUUCAGUUUGUUUGAUAUUUAAUUACCAGUGAGGGGAAUAAGAGUUUUGAUGUGU